AUGCAUCGGGGCAUGAUUGACUUGGGGUUGCCUGCUAUUCUCGACUCGCCGCCGCUGCUCGACUCCUCCCGUGACACUCCACGUGCGGCGUGGCGGCCUCUUGUGGCCGUGCUUGCUUCACGCGUGUCUUAUUCGGACAACACAUCGAGACCGGCGCUGGACAGGCAGUGCAAUCAAAGGCGCGGUGGUGCUGGUCUGGUGCAUGGUGCCAAUACUACAUAUGCAUCUACUUACCGUGAGGUGAUGCGGCACCAAAUUGACAUGGCGGGAAGUCAAGAUUAG